AUGAGACGCUCUGUGUUCUUCGCUGUGUGGCUCGGUCUGGUGUUGAGCCUUUUGAAAGAAGCCCCUGCUGAAACACCUGCUGAAACAACAGUGGCACCCAGCUCAACACCUGAAGAAAAUGGUACUGAUAUUGAAACAAAUCCUGACCCACUAGAGCUGACAAGCUCUAAUGACAACAGAGAUGAACCUACAGAAGAUGGUCCUGGAAAUGAAACAGAUCCUGACCCACCAGAGAUGACUACCUCAAAACCUACAGGCAGUGCUGCCAUGUCUCUUUUCUUCCCUUCUCCAAAAGAUGGUCCUGGAAAUGAAACGGAUCCUGACCCACCAGAGAUGACUACCUCAAAACCUACAGAAAAUGGUACUGAAAAUGGAACAGUUACUGAGCCACCAGAGGUGACAUCCUCAGAACCUACAGAAAAGAGUACUGUAAGUAGAACAGCUCCUGCCCCAACAGAGAUGCCACCCUCAGUACCUCCAGAAUUAGUGGACUUCUGCCGUGGAGAUCCGUGUGGAAGAAGUUCAGCUACAUGUAUUUCUUUACAAAGCAAUUACACCUGUGUGUGCCAAUAUGGAUUCUACUACAGCAAUGAGAAUUGUUACAAAGGGAAAGUAUACCCAGCCACCAUUAAUGUGAAAGCACCUUACAGUGAUAAUCUUCAAAAUGUAAAUUCCACAGAGUAUCAAUACGUGUUCAACAGUGUAUCAGCAUUUUUUAAGAAGGCCUUUGAAAAUCUACAUGACUAUAAAGAAACUGUCAUCAUAAAAAUUCAACAUCUAAGUGAAAGCAGAAAUGAUGCUCCACUGAAUGUAACAGUGACAAACCUGUUCACGUGGAACUCAGCCGAAAAUGCGACUACAGUUAGCUCUGCAGUACAACGUGCAAUUGAAGAGAGUCCCCAGUCCUUUGUCACUUCUUAUAAUGUGGCAAAACAUUGUGAUAUUUAUCAAUGUGAUCCUAAAACCACAGUGUGUGAAGAGGAAGAGUUUCCCGAAUGCAAAUGCAAACCUUAUUUAGAAAAGACAAAGUGGGAUACACGUUCUUGUUCAGCUUGCAGUAAAAACUGUUCUGCAAUGAAACACAGGUACUGCGUACAAGAAGAAGAUGGUACAACAUGCAGAUGUAUGAUUAACUUUAAAGAAGAGGCUGAAGAAUGUGUGGCUUGUCCAGUGGGCUUCUCUGGGGAGGACUGCACUGAUUAUAGUGAACUCGUCCUUAUAAUAGUGGGCACAGUGUUUGGAGCCAUUAUCCUGAGUUUAGUGAUAGCAGUCUCUGUUAUUUCAGUCAGAGCAAAGCACAAACAAAAUCCAGAGAAGAGGAGCCUGAUGAAGUCAGGGUAUUCCGACAUGAAUACCUCUCAUGAUAAACCAAGCAUGUUCCCCAGGGUCCAGACCACUUCUGGCCACGCAAACCCAGGAUAUCAGCCAAACAACCCCUAUGAGAUGCGUUCCACAAAUAGAGAUCAUUUUCCAGAGAGGGAUUAUGAUGAUUUGUAUGAAAUAUCACGGGAGCCCAGAGGCUUUAGAACGCAGAGCAGAUAUUGAGUGACCCAAGCAGCAGAAGGAUGGACCACCACCACAACACUGGGUCAGAGCAAAGAGUUUCACAGCCUCUCACCAAUGCAGUUACUUCAGCAGAAGAGACAACAAUGUCCUUAACUCCAGAUUCUCUCAAGAUUUUCUAGAAGAAGAUUCCUGCUUGAAAGAGAUCAUGGACAACUUUGAAAUAAGGGAAAAAUGUUAGAGAGUAGGGAGAAGAAGAGGACUUCUUUUAAAAGAACUAAUGUGCUUCAAUUAGACUUCUUCAAUGAGGCCAGUACAUUGGCAAGAGAGUGAGUGUACACAAGAUACCAGGAUUUUUACCCUGCUGGUUUUCAGUUCUUCUGGAAGAUGGUCCAGGCAACAUGUGUGAUGCUGAAAAACGUCAGUACCCAGAGCUUCACUUGGAUUUGUGCUCACUUAAUUUGAACUACAGCUUUGGGCAGAUGAAAACUGUUUUUCAUGAGAAUCUGACAUGUUUCACUUUACUACAUUAGAUACAGGUUUUUUCACCCUCCUCAAUCCCCCAGUAUUUCCCACCUGAAAGCAUUCUGUUCAGAUCUCUGCUGACAUGGGUUGUUGAGGCAGUGGCACUUGUCUGACCUUUUCCACACACAUCUGACCUUUCCCAAUACAAUGGUGAGAUACAAUAUCUCCAAACAAACAUUAUUCUUCUUCAUCUUGCAAAACUGCAUUGAUUUUACAUUUUUAGCUCCUGUGGAAAAUGUUAGCAUUUUUCUUUCUUCUGCAGUCUUUAUGUUUGAAUGAUAAUAAGCUUGGUGUUUGGGUUUUUUAAAAAUUUCUUACAUACAGCAUACAGUCAAUAAAUCUGUCUGUAAAAGAA